AUGUUGCAUACUACCACAGAAAGCCUCUACUUAUACAACCCAAGCCAUAUCUUACCAGCAGUCUUUGCUGCAGUUGUUGGUCUAUCCUUAUUAUUGCAUGUUUAUCAGAACUAUCGCUACCGAUUCUGGCGUGUCACCUUCUUCCUCUGCUGGGGCGGGGCUCUCUUCACCAUCGGCUGGAUACUACGAUGUAUCUCGAGCUACCAUCCAACAAACGUCGACAUCUAUAUCGCAUCUCAGGUCUUUAUCUACGUUGGACCCCCUGUCUACUCAGCCUCAGCAUACAAUCUUGUCGGACGCCUCAUGAACUACCUACCGAUGCAUGCCGUGCUUAACCCCAACCGUGUACUCAUCUUCUUCGUCUACGUCGGCGCCGCAGUGGAAGCAAUCACAGUGGCUGGUGCCGCAAAGAACGCAUCGGCCGGCUCAGACCUGGAAAAGUACAAGUCAGGCGGGACGCUCGUGGCCGCAGGGCUAAUCCUCCAGGCCGUCGUGGAAUGCGUGGUUGUUGGGAUCGUCGCAACGGUUCACAGGCGCUGCUCCCGAGCGGGAAUGCUAUCGCCCAACGUGCGCAGAAUCUGCUUCACACUGUACGGCACAUCAACCUUCGUGUUGCUGAGGUGUAUUUUCCGGGCUGUCGAGUCAUUCGAUAUGUUUAGCAAACUCGGCUGCCGGGUGGACUGCGGACCAAUCCUCAGCAAUGAGUGGUAUCUGUAUGCUUUUGAGCUGGGUCCCAUGCUGAUAUUUACGUGGUGGAUGAAUUUGAUGCACCCGGGUCGGUAUCUGCCUCGCCAGAAACUACGCUAUCUGUGUCCAGAUGCUCAGACUGAGCGUAUGGGUCCUGGCUGGACUGAUCGACGAUCUCGAUGGGAGACAUUUGCUGAUCCUCUGGAUCUGAAGGGUACCCUCAAGGGUACACCUUCUCAUGAAGAGUAUUGGUUGCGAGAAGAUCAAUGGCUUGUCUGUAAAGAUGGUAGCUUUGCAAUGGGGACGGCCACCAACACCAGAUCCAACCCACCGGUCAAAGAGCAUGUUCCAGCACAUCAAAGCGUUUAG